AGAAGGGUAACUUGGGGCGUCCAGAGUAAGGCGUUCGGCUAGCAGUUGUCACUUCAGCAGUUGGUGGAAGAGUGGCACAUGUGCUUCUCUGAGUGGGCCCCUCUUUCUUUUCAGGACUGUAUCCCUCUGCGAUCUUGGACUAUCUCGUUCUUGGAGCUCUUUUUUCAUAUUAACUGGCCUCAAUCCACAGUCCAGACGGGUUUUUUUAUUUGGGUUGUGUCACACACUGUCAAAACAGCUCGUGGCACCUUUGAUCUUUGACGGAGCUGCCCAGCUGAGGUGAAGGGGAGGGCAGAAGAUCCCAGUUCAGCCUGCGUGUGGAUGACCUGCCCGCAGAAACAGGACCAUGAUCUGAAGAGGGUGCUGCACACAGAACCCCAUUCUUCCUUUCCUCCUUCUCCCUCCUUUUUUUAUUUUUAUUUUUUUUAGUGGAUAGAGCAUCUCUGCCCAGGUGCUUCAAACAGGGUCAGUGUUCACAGUGAGGGUAAACUGAAAGUUUAAAGAGGAAGAAAUACACCAACAGUCAUCCGUGACCACACAACUUGCCUCUCUCCCCUGCUCCUCCCUUUGCAACACCACAACCAUGGGGAGGAAAAAGAUCCAGAUUCAGAGGAUCACUGAUGAACGCAACAGACAGGUGACGUUCACCAAGCGGAAGUUUGGCUUGAUGAAAAAGGCGUACGAGCUGAGCGUCCUCUGCGACUGCGAGAUCGCCCUCAUCAUCUUCAACCACUCCAACAAGCUGUUUCAGUACGCCAGCACUGACAUGGACAAGGUCCUGCUCAAGUACACCGAGUAUAACGAGCCCCACGAGAGCCGGACUAACGCCGACAUUAUCGAGGCUCUGAACAAGAAAGAGCACCGGGACUCUGAGAGCCCAGACCCCGAGGAGCCCUUCUCCCUCACCCCUCGCACUGAAGAGAAAUACAAAAAAAUUGACGAGGAGUUUGAUAAAAUGAUGCAGAACUAUAGGCUGUCAUCCGCAGUCCCACAGCCCACCUUCUCCAUGCCAGUCACCGUGCCAGUAUCCAAUCAGAACGCAGCAGCGGCCCUCCAGUUCACUAACAACCCUGCCGGUGCCCUGGUCACCACCACCUCCUUUGUCACCUCCACCCUCACAGAUCCCCGCCUCCUGUCGCCACAGCAACCCACUCUGCAGAGGAACACCGUGUCACCAGGGUUACCACAGCGACCAGCCAGCGCAGGUGCUCUGUUAGGAGGAGAUUUGGGGAACUCAAAUGGAGCAUGCCCGAGUCCAGUCCCUAAUGGCUACAUCAGUGCCAGGGCCUCCCCAGGCCUCCUCUCCGUAUCCAACGGCAACAGCCUGGGGAAAGUAGUCCUGGCUAAGUCUCCACCUCCGCCCAGCCCUCAGAUGGUCAACAGCCGCAAGCCGGACCUGAAGGUCAUCACCUCGCAGAGCGGCAAGAGCCUCAUGCAGCUGACAGAGGAAGAGCUGGAGUUGGUGAGUGAGAAUGCUCAGCGGCUAGGUGGCUCCCAGGUGGCACAGCCGCUCACCACACCAGUGGUCUCCGUGGCAACACCCAGUCUCCUAGCACCCUUCUCCGGCAUGCAGACGGCCUACAACACUGAGUACCAGCUGACGAGUGCAGAACUCACAGCGCUCCAGACGUUCACACCACCAGGGCUGGUGCCUGGCAACAUGGCUGCCUGGCAACAGCAACAGCAACCAGCAGUCUCCCAGCAACAACAACAACAGCAACAACAACAGCAACAGCAGCUGAGCUUGGCAUCACUCAGUAACUUGGUCAUGUGGGGUGCAGAGAAACAGAAUGCGGAGAUGGUUAACUGCAUCUCCAAUUUUGCUGCUAACCUGAGCUUGGCCUCUCAGUCCAACUUGCUCUUUGGCAGGGAGGAGGGCCUCUGCUGGCCUGUGAGCCACUUAACUCAGGGUGCCGCACUGACAGUCAACACAAACCCCAACGUCAACAUCAAGUCCGAACCUGUCUCUCCAAACCGUGACCGCAGCACUCCCAGCUCAAUCAGCGGUGCCGGCGGAGGUGGAGGGGGCCAGGGUCAAGUCCAGGGACAAGGUCUGGUGUCGGUCGCCUACUCUACCCGCUCGCCCAUUGACAGCCUCAGCAGCAACGGCAGCUCAUAUGAGGGCAGCGACCGGGACGAUGGCAACCAAGGUCGAGUCGGGGGUACGGACUUCCACCACCAGGCCGGCGCCGGAGCCCAGCAACCCGCCAUGGUCCUACUGCGGCCCUCUUCGGCUGAACCCCAAGAACAGGACGGGACCAACGUCAAGAGAAUGAGACUGGAUGCCUGGGUCACAUAAAGAGAUGGAAGAUGGGAAGGGAAGUAAGGACAGAUGGAGGAUGUGUACUUGUGGCUUGUGUACAUGCCCCUACCAGCCCCGACGCCCCAUGUCUCCCCCUUGCAUACACACAUGCCUAAUAUACUAUCGACCCAGUAACUACUGUCUGCAAAGGAAACGCAUACACACAACACAAGCAUGCUAACACACUCUCAUGUCGCACGCGUGGACACUGGUACUCACUUGUAUGGCAAUGUGCAUUCACAUCUGAACUUUAAUGUACUUUCACCAACACACACUGAAACCCACAGUGGGUGGAGCCACCAAAACAGGGAUUAUUCAUCCAAACAAUGACCACGUUGGAAUUCAUUCAGAUGUAUUUGAAUAGAAGUGUAUGAGUUUCUAAUCAGGCCACAGUGGCAAGUAAUCGUACUACUAUGUGACACUUCCUGGCAGAGAAGACAAACAAAUCAGUCUUGGUUUCCCAGCAUGCCCUGCUUUAACUAGAGGCAGGUGGCAAUAUCCCAUCCUCAUGUCCUUACUGUUUGUCCACAGUAGGUUUUGCUCUGACAUGACUGCUGUAUUAAAAUCAGCGCCACCAAAUGAGUCCACAUCGUAGUACACAUCCACACGUCCACUGUUGUAUUGCUAUCGCUCUAGAUUUUAGUCUAAGAGCCUGGGCGGCUGUGUUCUUUUUAAAGUGUGGAGUUUUGUCCUCCUGUCUUGACUCUUGACGUUUAGAGUUUGGAUUCCCCUCAGUUUUGAAUAUGAAGACACUAAAAUAAAAACUUCCCUCCCGUCCCAGCCAAGAAAAAGGCUCCGUCGAAAGGAGAGUCAGCACUUUGGCACCUCUGUACGAGAAUGACAAACCCUGGGUGUUUAUUUAAUCAGAACCAUGCAGACUAGCUGUAAAACGAGGAGCGCGAUUCGUUGCUGAGGUAAAAAGACUGCUUUUCUUUCAAUCAGGGAUGAGCUGCAACAGCUCAACUACACAUGACGCAGGUUCUCCUCGUUUCACCAACAUUGUGUCAACUGCAGAUGCUGAGAAAGGCGUGUGAGUGUGUGUGUACAGGUUUGUUACCUCAACUGCUCUCUUUUUAUUUCUUUUUUCUUUUGUGAUUUGGACAAAUGUUCAUUCUCAAUUUCAUCCUUGAACACACACCUGCAAUGCACACAGCUGAAAUUAUUUUUGUGAAGCAAUUAAUGUUUUUGAAUAGAUAGCUGACAGGGAGAGUCGUGAGGUACCAUGUAUAUAAGCAAUCUGUAACCUUUGUGGCUUCUGUGUGACAGGGAUAAGGUGUAUUGAAGGUUAAAAUAGAUUAUAUACAAGUAUAUAUUUAAACAGGAGGUCUCAAGGGCAGCUCUGCAUCUGGGACAUGAGACAGACGACAGGGAUUGUGUAUAUAUAUAAACUCUAUAUUCGGCAGGACAUCCCUGAACAAAAGAGAAAAAAAUCAAACAUUGAUUCUCAGUGAUCGGUCUCUCUUUUUUUUUUUUUAUCAUUAUUUAUGCGUGUAUAUAGAGUGUAAUAUGUGGACGAGCCAAGAGAGGGUGCUGCUGAGGCAGAAAGGGAAGAUGUAGCCAUGGUGAUUUGGUUUGUUUGGGGUGAGCAAUUAGGACUGUCACAGAUGGAGCGCACUUUACCUUAACUCCCACCUCAGACACCUGCACACACCUGACCUAUAGACACACACACACACACACACACACACAAGGGUUAGACUGAUAUAACUGACAAGUGAAAAAGCUUUAUAAUCCGAUAAUCAGCAGAAAAAAAGAAAAUAUUGCAUUUUGUUGUGGUUUGAUUUAAAUGUAUUUAUUACUCUGCAGAUGCUGGAUAAGACUCUAAACGGAAAAAUGAAUUGGAAGAUGGCGUUUGCAUACAAACCUCCAUCCAAUAAUUAAUCAUUUUAAGAUAUAAAAAAAGAAAUUCAGGAAUUUAAAUUGUUCAAGAUCAGCAUUUUAGUUUUUACUGAAUUUUGUAGAUCCAUCCCUCAAAGCCAACAGCAGCUGUUUACACUAAAAACUACUAAAGACCACUGAAGAGCUUCUGUCUUCAGCUUCAGUCACGUGAUCAAGAUUUUCUACCUUCAGGUUUUUUGCUGAUCAGAUGACUACUUUUGCAACUUUGGUACAAAAAACAAAUGUGUGUUACAGACAUAUCAGUCAAACUCCAGAACACACAAACACAGAUAGUAUAUGAUUAAGUGAGCCAAGGAUCCCCACCCCCACCCUCCUCUCUUUUUGUGUUUGUUUUAGAAGUUUACCCCUCCCUCUUAUUAAAAGCCAUGUAUCUAUAUUGAAAGGUUCUCUCCUUCACCUAUCACUGGUUGGCUGUUCUUUUCUAUUAUGGAGAGAUGAAAAGCCUAUGAAGGAAAUAGAAAUGUGAAGGAUGUCAUUUUCGUACUACUAUAAAUGUGGCAAGGGGUGAUUUAGGGUUUAGUGGGUAGAUUUAAAAAAGAAAUGUGGUGUUCAAAAGUGCAUAUUCGUGUUUAUUUUCCUAAAAGCACUCUCAGCCUCCAUCCGUUUGCUUGUUAAAAGCACUGGAGGCAGAGUUUGGGUAUCAUUUGUCAUUAAGCCGGAGGUUUCAGAACGAUUUCCUGAUCUUUUAAUGACUACCUCCCAAAUCCAACGCAGACUUGUCAACUUUGGGUUUUACCACCAUCCAGCCACUGCAUCCUUCUCAUGGGCAGGCCCUCAUCACCUCCCUCUCGCCCCUGUCACUCACUUAAUCUGAGACGGCCACAAAGUCGUGCAUUCACAUUUCAUUACAGGCAGCGGGUGUCAGCGCUGAAGUCAAAUUAUUUCGUGGUCAUUUCCACGGAUAAAUCAACACCCCACCCCACCCCCUCUCCAACAUGCAGCUUUACCACACACACACUACUCCCAUCAGCCUCUCCUCAGUCCAUCACUUAUUUCUCGUUUCCUUUUAUUCCAUCUGUCACUCACUCACACAUACUCUCAUCCUCUCCGUGACAAGUGUCAAUAUUGCUUUUCUGAGCAUGUGGCAGCGUGAGCAUAUAAAUCCCCCGAGUGUAAACACUUUGACUGUUAAGACUGUUGUGCCCUGAGCUUCGAACAAAAUAAAACAGGACCCCGCGUUUAAGUCGGGGGUCAUAGGUUUGUCCAAGGAAUAAACUAGAUGAGAUCCUUUGCGACAGGACUCACAGGGGAUUUGUUUGUCAGCAGGUGGGCCGAGAGCUCUUAUGAAGCCCUGACGUGUUCCUUAGAACUACACUAGAAGUCGUUGUAAUCACAAAACUGAAAGACAAUCGUGCUGAGAAACACUUCUAUGAACGUGCAUACCCCUCCUCCCCUUGAGAAAGCGAUACAUGCUCCUGUAUAAUGAUGUUUAGAAGUCUCACUCACUUUCCAGUGUUAAUUUGUGCUGGUGACAGUCUGUUUUUAAUUGUUCUCUGAGAAUUGAUAUUAAUAUUAUUCUUAUCAUCAUCAUUGCCGCUGAUGGUAGCUGUCAUGAUGAUAACCUUUUUUUUGUGUAGUUUUAGUCAUUUUGUUUUAUUUGGAUUUUGAUUUUAUUUUAUUAUAUAAAAAUAUUCUAUAAAUAUAUUUUUAGUUUUUUGGGAUUUGUUUUCUUUUUCUCUUCAAAAAGGGUGUUACUAAUGUUGCACGAUUUUUAUGAAUCAAACACCACAGGCGUAGUGAUGUUAGCACACGUGUGGCUGUGGAUGGAUGGAGGCGACUGCGAGGGAACGCUUCAGUGCUGCAACUUUGAGUCUAAUGUACAAACUUCUCAUGAAGGGAGGGAGGGAGAGAGGGAGGGAGGGAGGGGGGCAGGGGGGAGUGACACGUCUAACUUAUUUCUGACCAGACACAAUGAUGUCAAUGCAUGGACGUUUCAAAACAAGAGAAGAGUGAUAUCAUGUUAUAGGAAGUCAAAUGUAAUAUUGACGCAAAUACACAUCACACAGGAUUACAUUUAAGAAAAAAAAAAUUGAAAUUGAAGAAAAAAGUUUAAAAAUAAAUUAUAGCUAAUAUAUUGUGUUCGGCUAGUCUGCUUUUUGUUGUAAAGAUAAUUUUUUUUGUUGUUUUUGGAGAAUGAUAUACAAUUUGUGUAUAUUUUCAUAAAUAAAGUAUGCACUGAUAUGUUAUUACAAAUUCUAUACUGCUUUUACAAAAAAAGUGUUUGUUAUUGUACCAAAGUAUCCAUUGGUCCCCUCUUACCCUCCUCCUCUUUUUGCGUAUGUUUUACCGUAUUUUAUAUAUUAAAUAGACAAGUUGACCUACAGAAAAAUA